AUGACCAGACUGAUGUUGGGCAGGACGCUGGAAAGGAUCUGCAAGGCCGUCCUGCUGCUCUGUCUCGUGCACUUCCUCAUCAUGAUGAUCCUGUACUUCGACGUUUACAGCCAGCGAUUUGACAUCUUCAGCCGUUUCAACGGGCGAAACUUUUCCAGGACGCAUCACUACUACUACAACCUCUCUCGCCCCAAUGGCACAUUUGCCAGUUACCUGGCCACAGGAGACCACUUCUUGCACAGCGCCAGGCCAGAAACCAACAUAACUCCCACUGCCAAGCCUUUACCUCCAUGCCCUGAGGUGCCCCCUGGACUUGUUGGACGCUUGCUAAUUGAGUUCAGCUCUGCCAUGACGCUGGAGAGAGUGCAGAAGGAGAACCCCAAUGUGACCGAAGGAGGGAAGUACACCCCUCCUGAUUGUAGAGCCAAGCAGAAGGUAGCCAUCAUCAUCCCUUUUCGACACAGAGACCACCACCUGAAGUACUGGCUGCACUACCUCCACCCCAUUCUUCUUGGACGCUUGCUAAUUGAGUUCAGCUCUGCCAUGACGCUGGAGAGAGUGCAGAAGGAGAACCCCAAUGUGACCGAAGGAGGGAAGUACACCCCUCCUGAUUGUAGAGCCAAGCAGAAGGUAGCCAUCAUCAUCCCUUUUCGACACAGAGACCACCACCUGAAGUACUGGCUGCACUACCUCCACCCCAUUCUUCGCCGGCAGAAGAUCGACUAUGGGAUUUAUAUUAUCAACCAGCUGGGGGAAGACACCUUUAACCGAGCCAAGCUGCUUAAUAUUGGCUACACAGAAGCACUGAAGGAUGCAGAGUAUGACUGUUUCAUCUUCAGUGAUGUGGAUCUUAUCCCUAUGGAUGACAGAAACCUCUACCACUGCUAUGACCAGCCACGCCACUUUGCCAUCGCCAUGGAUAAAUUCGGAUUCAGGCUACCUUACGCUGGUUAUUUUGGGGGUGUGUCAGGGUUGAGCAGAAACCAGUUUCUGAAAAUCAAUGGCUUCCCCAAUGAGUACUGGGGCUGGGGAGGAGAAGAUGAUGACAUCUAUAACAGGAUUACCCUCAAUGGCAUGAAGGUUUCUCGGCCAGAUGUGCGGAUCGGGAGGUACAGAAUGAUCAAGCACGAGCGUGACAAGCACAACGAGCCCAACCCCCAGAGGUUCAACAAAAUCCAAAACACCAAGGUCACCAUGAAGCGUGAUGGUAUCAACUCCCUUCAGUAUCGCCUUGUCCAGGUCACAAAGUACCCUCUGUACACAAACGUCUCCGUGGAGAUCGGCAAGCCCCCACCUCGGCCUCCAAGAGGAUAGGGCCACGCCUCACGUCAACACGCACACAGUAACUCUCCUGCUGGACUUCUUUCUCUCCCUGUCUGCCUCAGGCCCAGUCAGAAAAGAGAAGCCUUAAACAGUGCAGACAGGCACCAUGGGCCUACAAAAGACACAAAGCCUUGUGCUUUUCUGAGACUCUUGAGAUUUAUUUGUUUUGUUUUUUUUUCUUUUCCGGGUCCGGCUGUCUUCAUGACUACUAUCUCAAAAUGCUAACCUCGUGAGGGAAAAAAAAAUUACAAAACGGACCGGCGAUAAAGCUCGUCAUCCAGUGGGUGAGGUUCUGAACGCUGGAUUGAAAUUAGAAUUUCUUUUUUUAGGUUUAUUUUUUUACGUAACAUAUACUUGUAUUCUUUUGUAACUAUACAACAACAAAAUUAAAACUUCAGAGGCAUAUUACGUUCACCGACUAUUUUUUUAGGAUAGACAAUAUUAGUGAGAAACCAUGGAGAGCUACUGUAGGUUGCUAUCUUUGUUGUUCUGCUCAAGGGUAACAUUUACAAGCCUGUUUAAUCCAUUACCUGUAAACCCACCAAUGUUAUUAUACUGAGAUUGUUAUACUAACAACCUGGACAUAUAACCAAGACCAGCCUAAUUGUUUUGAACUGUCAAGAUUACUAUAUACAUAUAUAUUGUAUAUAUGUGUGUAUACAUAUGCUAAAAUGAAUGUGUAUCUAUACAGGCUUUACACAUACUGUAAUUGUGCUGGUAUUAAUAUCACUUUACAAAUACAGGGCCUCAAGAUAAGUGUUCAACAGAAGACUCUGUGAAUUGACUUAUUUCCCUUGCAUCUGGGAUUCGUACCAAGACAUCUGUCAGGUUUUACAAAAGGAGUUCAGUCAGCCAGGAAGGCGAACACUGGUCCAAAAACUGGGUGAAGCUUUCAGGGCUAAUGAAGAAUAUUUAGCCUGUGAAACUGGAAAACAACCAUUCAACAUCAUCAUUCUGUCAUUAUAAUUCUGACGGAGGAAAUACUGUCUGAAUCGACCUUUUAUAUACUGGUAUGGAGAUCAGAAAUUGUUUUCUGAUUUACACGCAUAAGGAGUCAAAGGACUGUUGCCACAUUUGGCAUUUAAGAUUUAAAUGAGACUGAGUGAUGGUUUGACUGUAAAUCUCGCCAGCAUUUCUGGAUGGGGAUAAUCACUUGCUUAUUUGCUCUUUACAUUUUGCUUUGAUUUUGUUUUGUUGUUAGUUUUUUUUUUUCAAAAUACCAGACACACUUUUGACAAACAAAAACUGCUUAAACAUGCACCUUCUUUUAUUUCAGACCAUUUUCUUUUAUUUGUACUGCCUAAACACCAAACUGAUGCCUUUGGAAUUUUUAUGAGUGGCAAACAAGAUUGAGGAAUGCUGCAUUCUGGGAGAUUUUUCUAUUAAUGUUCCUGUGUCUCGUGAAGUGAUGUGAAAACCUUUCUCUUUUGUACUGUUAAUGGUUUUCUUGGCUCGACUAAAAAAACUGUACUAGUAAUGAAAACAUUUUUUUUUCCCUCUUGGGUUUAUUUUAAGACAUUUCUUAAAGAAUGCUUGCUUUUUUAUUCUUUUUUUCUUAAUUUGCUCCACAUGACUGUGUGCCUCUUUCUAUGUUCCUGAGUUAUUCUUUUAUGGCAGUGUUCCUCUCUGUCAUCUUUGAUGAAUACUUCAGUAUCUUAGUUUUAUAACUGAAGAUGCUUUGUUGGCAUAUCAUAAUCUGCAUCCUUAAAAUAAUAUUCAUAUUUGUUUCACAGAAAGCCCAAGUUUUCCUUUUGUGGUAUUAAUUAACUAGUACUAUUUAUGCUUUUUUGUAGGUUGAGGGGGGAUAUUUUUAUUUAUGUUUGUGUAAAACAUUUCCUAAGUGACAAGAUUUUUUUACUGCCAAUCCAGAAACAGGUUUGCUACUGUAAUUGUUCAUUUUAUGUUGAUAGCCUCUCUUAAACAGUAAAUACUGUAGCUCAUCACACUUGCUGUACAUAAAAGCCUAUGAUAAGAGCUAGGAACUCAAGGUAUUCCUUUGGGUUCCAUUCAAGUCUGUGUAAAAUAAGACAAGUUUUUCAAGGUAUAAUCUGCAAGUGUUCUGAAUACAUUUUUAGCUUUGAGACUUUUUUUCAUUCCUUAAGCAGAAUUGUCUUUUAUCAAGGGCUUGUGUGCAUCUUUUGAAGUUACCAACUAGUGACAUAUAGCUUUUUAACCAAUGAUUUCUAAGAAUAAAUAUAACAAACAAGUGAUAUCUUUGCAUUUCAGGACAGAGCAAACUGAAGCAUUUAACGUACACAAAUGUACGUGUAAAAGACGUAAUGAACUCCUUAAAACAUUAGAUUAAAUUUUUGAGGAGUGUUCAUUGCUGAUAAACUUAAAUGCAAAUGUAAAGACCAUACAACAUUUUUUUUUCAAAACCAGAGAAAAAAACAGAAUUCUAGCACUUGCUCUUCCAAGAAAGCAUUCCUUUAAAAUGCAGGGAGGAAGUCCAAGAUGGAUGUUAUAUUCUGGGAUUCUAACUUAUUUAUACAGUACAGUUUCAUUUUCAUUUUCAGAGGGGAUGUGCCCUGCCCUUCAAUUUAGUUUAAUAUAUUUGUUGGUGAGGCAGGUGGUUUUUCCUUUGCUGAUGGUGUAUAAUGUUUGGAGCCACAAGUUUACUGAUCAUUUUUCCCUCAAUCUCAAAUUUAGGAUGCGCCUUAAUUUAAUUAAUCAAUGCACCAUAUUAAGUACGUCAAUAGGUAUUUUGCCUAUGUAGAUGACAGCUGUCAGAUCCUGGUUCUGGAGGGCCAAUGUGUCUGCAGGUUUUCAAAGUCUCGGUGCCUAAAGAGCUGGGAACAGCUGUUAAAUUGGUCCAGUUAAGACAGUAAUUAUUUGAUUAAGUUCAUUAGGAUCUGAGCUGGAGUGAAAAUAUACAGGCACACCAGCUCUCCAGAUCCAGAACUAGAGAGCACUGAUCUAGACAUUUACAACCCAUUUCACAGUAAUCUGGGCUUUCUUCACUAUUUCAGAUCAUCCCUGAUUUUCAAUGCAAAGUCUCUUGGUUAAUUAAAACUAUUUCCUCCAUGGUUAUUAUUUUCAAAUGAGAUUAAGAUUAGUGACGCCAGAUGUGCACUUAUGAAAUAUCAAUAUUAACAUUUUUUACAACCUAUCCAUUAAUCACUCAAAUGCAUUGUGAAAGGCAAUAGGUAUUGAGUUGUUAGGGCUUAAAUGUGUUAGAUCUGCUGUUAGUAAAGAAGAACAGAAAACAAAUCUUAUGCCCCAUUUCCUUGUGCCCUUUGGAGUAAUUAUUUAGUACAGAAUAAUUUGCUUUCAUGUAAAUGCAUUCUUGUGACUUAUGUAUGAGGUAAUUUAGAAUGACUUUUCCUGGGAAUUGUCACAGUCCACUAUCUGAAAGAUGGCCAAGGUCUUGUUUAUAUACAAAAUUGACAGAAUGUUUAAGUUUGUUUUACAAGAAAGUUUGCCUUUCAAUUCUUUUAAUAACACCAAACUGACGUACAGUAAAAUUUAGGUAUCAAAUACUAACAGAGAAUACAUGUAGCUUCUGAUGGCAGAUAAUUCUAAAAUGAUGCUCUUCGGAGGAUUAUGCAUUCAUAAUUAAUCCAUCUUCUGUUGUUUGGUGCUAUCAAAAACAAACUGCAUUGGGAAUUUUGAUUCAGUCUGCGUUAAGCCUACUGUCGAAGGAAAAGAACAACAAAAAUGAAUUAAAGAUUUGAGUUUAAACAAAUAUAUAUGCUAUACAGUACAUAUACUGUACACCAAACGUUAUGUAUUCAUGUUUAUAUAUAUACUAGACAUAUAAAGAAAAUUGAAACACCCAAUAUCAUUUAGUCGUAAGAUUUCAGCAGUGCUACAUCUGUUAAGCUUUGCAAGUGUGUUAAAUAUAUGGAGUAACUUUUUUCACUUUGUGGAUGAAUUUAAGAAUCAAAAGAAAGCAAGUGUCAUCCAUGCAACCCUAUGCUGGCAAGGGUGCCAUCAGUUAAAUAUUAAAAUAAAGCUUGAAAUGAACCAGUAAUAAGCAGCUUUCUGCUAGCAGAUGUGUGUGUGAAUGUACUGUAUCUCAUGGUUCAGCAACUUGAGCCGAUAUGGCCCAGGUUUGUAUAGGAUGACAUGUCCAGUUUUCAGCAAAUUCAGCCAGCCUGCGUCUUGACAGGUUGGCACUGUCUUCAAAAUGUCAUUCCCAAGCCGAUUGUUUGCAGAACGUGUUGAGAUCACAUCAAUUAUCUUACUUUGUUAAGCAAAUUAAAUAGGGUUCAAAUACAGUGUUCUUGUCUGGCCUUUCUCCGAUAUUGAAUUCAAGACCAUCACGUUACUGUAAUUUUCAAAGGUAAUGAGAAUUGAUCUGUCAAGGUAUUGACGGCUUGAGGUAGGUUUUCAUUUCUUUCUCAUCAUUCACUGAAACACCCAAUUUGUCUGCUAGCGUUUGAUUGGGAAGCACGAAGACUGUGAUAUGCCUCACCAUAUAAUACUUACUUAACCUAUCAUCUGCAACAAGGUCAUCACCUGUAUUACAGCUUGUCUGCCACAGGUGCUGCUCAGCAAAUGCAAUCUGAGAAAUACUGUACCACAACACUGUAAGUCAGAAGAACUGAGUUAAGGCUAGAAGCAAGAGCCUGUGGAGCAACAGCAAGUGAUGCAGUGCUGCACGUUGUUUUUUUCAUUCUGCGCACGCCAGUACCCACACUGCUGAAAGGUAUUUGAAGAGCUGUGACCUACGAAUGUCGAAAUUAGACAUUUAAAAUUAGAUUGUUAUAUUAGGUGCAAAGAAUGACCGCUUUAUUAUUGCCAACAUUUAUAUGUACAGUAUAAUUAAGUUUGGCUUUUAGUCGCGCAAUGUCUAUUAUAAGUUUGCAAGUUAACUCUUGUGAUUGAUAUUAAAAGGGGUCGAUCUUUAUAAUCACCUGGUGUGGAUACAGUAUAUCAAUAUGCAUGUGAUAUAUCCAGCGGGAUAGUGUUGGGAAUUGGAUUGGCGAUUUCCAGCAUGAAAUCUGGAAUAUUUGGGGAUUCCUUUCACAGAGGUCUUUCAAAGAGGUCUGAGAAAUGACUAGAUGGAUCCCUGAAAUAACUUUCUGGAUUCCCAGUGACCACAUUGGUUGACGGACUCCAAAACAACAUCUUACAACGCAUUAAGUGUAAUCUUAGAAAACAUGUUCUUGGUAAGAAAAAUACACAAUUCUGCAUUUUGUUUGAAUUAAAGGGAUAACUUAUCAUAACACCAGACUUUUCAGGUCUGUUUUUUUUUUCCUGUUUUAGAAAACAGAGGUUCAAAGAAGCCCGCCUUUCAGCAAAGUCUGCAAGAGAACGUUUGCUCGGUUGCUGUACUAAAACUAAGAGAAAUUGGGAUAUCAUUUGGAAUGUAACUAGAUAACUUUCUCAUUAGCUUCAGGGAAUCUAACAUGUUCAGUGUGUGGUUAUACUGUUAAAAACAAGUCGGAACAUUCUUGUCACCCGUUUUUGUCUAAAUCAUGUUGAUACCAAAAUUGUAGUUUUCCUUUUUAGCUUUAAUUUAAUAAUUUUACAUCACUAAAGUAGUAACUUUACAUUGUGUAUAUAGUUUACAGUUAAAAUGCUUAUGUGCCUGCAUUCCAAAUGACUGUUUUUGUAUAAAUAAAAUAGUGCAGUUCCAAACUUACAGAAUUCUGGACUAAAUGAAAAAACAGGAAAAUUGCAUAGACUCUGAGGUGAACAUGUGAUUUGUGCAUUUUUCUGAUGUCAUCAUACCUUGUAGCAUCAAUUUUGUAAUUGCACAUUGGGAUUGCUAAUAUUGUGCAGUAAGAAGUAAGAAUUUGCUGUUUGACCUCUCCUGUAAUUUAGAGCAGUGAAUGACGUUCUGUGGUAGUACAUAAGGAGUAAAGAUUGGAGGGAUUUUUUUCAAUUUGUUUUUUCAGUGACUUUGACGUUAAACCCAACUACUAUAUUGCCCUUCUUAAGAAUCUCUGUUCACUUUUCUCCUUCUUCAGUUUCUGUUAGCAGAAUUAGUUAUCACUUACACUUAAUGUUUUCUACAGCCGUUUUAAAAAAUAUUUUUUUUAGUUCGAUUUAUUCACACUCAUUAGAACUGAUCUGUUCCUCAGUGUGUAAAGUAUAUAAUGAAGAUUUUAAGUGUGACACUUUGAUUCUUCUGGGUUUUACUAAUCUGAUUAGACUGGUUUCUUGUGCCCAGUACUGUAUUGAUUGCAUUUAAACAAUAUUUUGGGUAAAUAAAGAUAAUUGGUAGAGUAUUUGAACACAUACAUACCAAGAAUCUAUACACUAUUGUAUUUAAUGCCUGCAUUGUAGCAUUUACAAAUCUUAAUACUGUCAACAUUUUAUUAUAAUUUUGCUUUAAUGCAAAACUAUUUUUUGUAAUGCAAAAUUCUAAUAAAAACAGAUUUAUUUCCUUUGUUUGUAUUCCUAGAUAAUUUAAACAUGAAUUAGUAGUUCGUUUCUGGUACGCCUGUGGUGAAAAGCUGUUUUUACUGUAUUUUACCCAUACAGAGCUUAGUUAUGUACUCAUCAAGCCCAAGUAAAACAUGCAGUAAAAUGAAAAUGUUUAAAUUUACACCACUUCAGGUUCCUUCUGGAUUUCUUUUUCAACCACUGAUGGUGCAUAGCUGUUGUAGCGUUGUUCCAUUAUUGUAAACGUAAAAAAAACCACAGAUUUCUGCACCAGAACACUGCUUUUAAAAGUGUAGGAAACUGCAUUAUGAUUUUGAAAAGCUGUAGAAAGACUUUUCAUUUGUCCCUGUGUGAAACUGAACAAAAGACCAUUUGCUCAAUGCACAUAUACUGACAGCCUUGGGCUUCAGGCUCUGGGGGUGUUUUAAAGAAUUUACCGUAUCUAUUUAGGUUUUGUACAUUGAAUGUUGAAAUUGUAAAAUCUUAUAUAGAAUGCAUAAUGUCAUAUCCAACCUACUUUUUUGUAUACAAUCAAUAAAUAAGAAAAAUAAUUAAAAUAAACUGUUGUCCUUUAAAUCUGGUUCAAAUCAUAUCGGUCUUUACUGUUGUACAGAAAAAACACAAAUAUUCUUGCAAAUAUUUAGACUCAAGAGUCCAAAAUGGUGGAUAUUAUGACCAUAGUGUGUGAUGAUCUUACUGCUUGGUGCCUUAUGACCGAUCCAGAUGUAUAGCCUGAGAAAUGCACUGGGGAGCUGGCAUAGAGAA